AUGCCUUCGGACACUCUCACAAUCGACAAUUUCGCAAAUUCCCUUUCAGCUUCCUCUCCGAUAGUCUCUGCAACAUCGACGGUUUUCCCACUGCCUGCAGACCAUCCUCCAAUGCACGAACAUUCUGGUGGGACCUGCCCCGUUACUGGAAAGACUCACGCAUACUGUCCACCUCAGAAAGGUGAUAUACGCUCUGUGUGCCCUGCAUUAAAUACGAUGGCCAAUCACGGAUUUAUCCCCCGUGACGGACGUAACCUCACCUUCUCUAUCCUCUUCCGCGGCCUAAAAGCCUGUUACGGUCUCUCUUCUACUCUCGCUACGGUUCUCGUCACUGGAGGUUUCCUCGCUAUCGGACGAUCCCCCAUCCGCAUUCCCUUCAUAUCCGACCUAUCCUUAUUUCGUGUUCAAAACCCUGACGGUAGCAUAAGCCCUAGCGGUGUAAUCGACCUGUAUCUCAUCGGACUACACGGUCGAGUCGAGCAUGACGCGAGCUUGGUUCACCGGAACACUCCGGAUGGUGAGAAGUAUGGUCCUAUCAAGAUUAAAGAGGAAUGGGUGCCAAAGCUAGUAGGCGAUAUUGAACCGAGGGUGGACGGGUAUUCUCCGGAGUAUAGUGAUACGGACAAUCUUGAUGUUACCCCAGACCAUAAACGAGAUCCCUCCGCUGUGUCAUCGUCAUCCGAAUCUUCCUCAUCUUCUUCAACCAAAACUUUCAUCAACUCGCCCGAAUACCUAUCCACCCUUGUCGAUGAGGCUGACGUAGGUCGCAUGCGCGCCCGUCGACAACAUGACAUCUUACCGAAACAACUCGAUGGGCUCCAUGCAGAGAUAGCUAGAGGGGAGAUGUCAAUCAUCCUAGGGGUGUGGAACUCACAAUAUCAGCCGAAACACAAAGGGAAGCGGAAUUCGAAUGGAAAUGGGGAAAAGCAGGGUAUACCUCUUCCCUGGCUAUUACAAUGGCUAUCGGAGGAACGCUUACCUGAGGUGCCGGUUUCAUCCUCAAACACGGAGGCGGAAACAGAGGUAUCAGAUGGUACCACGACUCCCUCGAAAUCACAAAAAACAACGAUGUGGCGACCGAACCACAAACAGACCCUGCGCGAUGUAGUAAGCAGGAGCCAGCGAAUACGGAAGGUAGCUGAGGCUGCCGAAAGUCAGGCGGCGAAGCUUUAA